UCGGCGCGCUAUCCUCAGCUCCGUCUUGUUUGUUUCCGGCUCAGUAGGUCAUUUUACCACCUUUACCAGGGCAGACCUUUCUCGGUUAGACGCGGCACACCGGUACUCAGCAUGGCGCAGGCAGCUCAGAGAUUAGUUAAAGCUGUGACCACAAAGACUCCAAAGCUCGUAGGCGCUGCUGUUGCCUACUCAAAGCCUCGCCUUUCCACAUUCUGGCAUUAUGCACGUGUUGAGCUUGUCCCACCAAGUCCAGCAGAGAUUCCAAAAGCCAUCGAAAGCAUCAAGGGAUUAGUAAAAUCUUUCCAGAGUGGACGUCUAUCUGAGCUCACAGUCAGGGAUGCCCUGAGAAAUGGUGUAGUAGCUACUGAGGUCCUUAUGUGGUUUUACAUUGGAGAGUGCAUUGGAAAAGGAAGCCUUAUUGGGUACAAUGUCUAAGAACUUUAAUACUUUCUCCUUCAUUAAACGUUGGCUUUUGUGACCUGUAACUUUUACAUCCUGGACUUAAUAAAUGCAAGAGUGAGAGAAACACUCUGCCUAAUAUUGA